GCGCGCCGGCGCUUCGCAUCUCCGUCAUGCAGCGCGCACAGCUGGCGGCGUGAGAAUUGUGCGCUAGUCGGGGCAUUCUGCUGACUGAGAGUCCAGAAGAACCAUGGGGCUGGGUCCUCGCUCUCCGCACAAGGCGGGACGCCGGUUCCCAUCUGGUGGCAAACGAGGGAAUGGGGCCAAAGCACCGGGGCGCCCCCUUCCCGACCGGCCUGCGGACAGGCGCUCGGAGUCGGCUCCGGAGGCCCUCCCGCACCUGAGCCCCGAAGCCCUGGGGUAUUUCCGCCGGGCCUUGUCGGCGCUGAAAGAGGCUCCUGAGACCGGAGAGGAGCGAGAUCUGAUGGUGCACAAUAUUUUAAAGGAAGUGGAAGAUCAAGCCCUAGCCUUGGCCACAAACAGGACAGGCAGUGAGAUGUUACAGGAACUGUUGGGGUUCAGUCCCCUGAAACCUCUGUGUCGUGUGUGGGCUGCUUUGCGCCCUAGCUUGCGCUUCGUGGCCUGUCAUCGAUGUGGGGUCCAUGUAUUGCAAAGUGCUUUGCUGCAGCUGCCUCGGUUGUUGAGGAGCCCUGCAGGAAAGGAGGAGGAGGAGGAGGAAGAUGGGGACGAUGGUCCUUUGGAGACCCUGGAGGAGCUGGUUCUAGGACUGGCCUCUGAGGUGUGUGAUGAUUUUCUUUUCUACUGUGGAGACACACAUGGCAGCUUCGUGGUGAGAACUCUGCUACAGGUGCUGGGAGGGACUCUUCUGGAGUCUGAGCGAGCCAGACACGGUGGCUCCCAACCACGUGAAGCACAAAAGACCCCAGCUCGGGAAUGUAAGCCAACUGAUUUUGAGGUCCCCGAAACCUUCCUGAGUCGCCUUCAAGACCUGUGUUCCUGCUUCCUGAAGGACAUUGCUGUCUUUAUCACUGAUAAGAUCUCCAGCUUCUGCCUUCAAGUGGCCUUACAGAUCUUACACCGGAAGCUGCCUCAGUUCUGUGCCCAUCUCUGCAGCGCUGUGACUGCUUACCUGAGUAGCCGCAAUGCCUCAGCAGAUGGCAGCCCUCUCCUCUUAUUUCUGCGGGAUCAGACAAGCUCCAGACUCCUGGAGCAGGUGCUGCUGGUGUUAGAGCCUCCGAAGCUCCAGAGCCUUUUUGAGGACCACUUCCAGGGACAGCUGCAAACCCUAGCCGCACAUCCAAUUGCCAACUUCCCUUUGCAGCGUUUAUUGGAUGCAGUCACUACCCCUGAGCUGCUGUCUCUUGUGUUUGAGGAGCUGAGCCCAGCUUUGGAAGCUGUGUUGGCUCAGGGUCAUCCAGGGGUGGUCAUUGCCCUGGUGGGAGCCUGUAGAAGAGUUGGGGCCCAUCAAACCCAGGUCUUGCAAGUAUUGUUGGAGGCAUUCCACUGUGCAGAACCCUCUUCUCGGCAGAUCGCCUGUGUGCCUCUUUUUGUCACUUUGAUGGCUUAUGAGGUAUAUUAUGGACUGGCUGAGGAGGAGGGAGCAGCGCCCGCAGAGCACCAGGAAGAAAUGGCUGCAGACCGGGCUCUGGGGGAAGUGACCGUCCUUGGAUCUCUACUGCUCCAGCACCUGCUGCACUUUUCUACCCCUACUCUUAUCCUUCGAAGUCUGGGAGCCUUGACGGGACCACAGCUUCUGACUCUAGCCCAGAGCCCUGCUGGUUCCCAUGUGCUUGACGCCAUCCUGACCAGCCCCUCCGUGACACGCAAGCAACGCCACCGUGUGCUGAAAACUCUGAAGGGGCAAUAUGUAGCUCUGGCCUGUAGUCGCCACGGUAGCCGUGUGCUAGACGCCAUCUGGAGUGGAGCAGCUUUGGGGGCCCGGAAAGAAAUCGCUACUGAACUUGGGGAACAGAACCAGGAACUGAUAAGAGAUCCUUUUGGCCACCAUGUGGCUCGAAAUGUAGCCCUGACUACAUUCCUGAAGCGAAGAGAAGCCUGGGAACAGCAGCAGGGAGCCGUGGCCAAGCGGAGGCGGGCUUUGAACUCAAUACUUGAAGACUGAGCUUUUGAAUCUAAGCCUGGCUAUUGAUGGGGAACGGAAGAGGAGUGACUGUCCUGUCCCCUUCCUGGUUUAUUAUAUUUUAUUCUUGGUGCCGAGGAUUGAACCUGGACCUCAAAUAGGCAGAACCUGUUCUCUGCCUCUUGAGUACAUCCCUGCCCACUCCCCCAACCCCACUUUCCCACGUGAACUUGGAGUCAAGAAUGUUAUUGGUAAACAUUUAUAUAUUUUUAUUGUAA